CUCCUCCAGCUCAUCAUGUCCAGGACAGGUCUCCUGGACGAGAAGAACAUGGAGAGCAACGAACGAACUCCCUUGAUUGCAACCGUCCUCGUCGCCCCUCCGCGACGACGAUAUCAGCACAAUGUUGUCCGUCGCUUCUGCACCCUUUGCCUGUUCUCCGCCUUGGUUAUCGUGACCACCAUAUUCCUCCUCCAGGUCGCCCUGGCCCCAGACGGCUACUCCCAUAGACCUAACCCAGUCCCCGACCAUACGAGUGCAAUUACUUUCCAGGAGCUGCAGGAGAUCUUGUUGGGAACGCCCGAGGCGGCGAACGCGCGGGAGUGGAGUAGAUACUACACCUCCGGCCCGCAUUUGGCUGGCAAGAACUAUAGCCAGGCCGAAUGGACACAAAACAAGUUUCAGGAGUUUGGCAUCAAGUCCCAUAUUGUGGCCUACGAUACCUACAUCAAUUACCCUCUCGGCCACCGGUUGGCCCUAUACGAGAAGGCGGAUAGCGAGGUUGUUGAUGGAACUUCGGAUCUGGAUGCUUGGAAGGUUAAAUUCGAAGCGAGUCUCGAGGAAGAUGUGCUGGAAGAAGACCAAACUAGUGGAUUGGUGGACAGAGUUCCUACCUUCCACGGGUAUUCAGCAACCGGCAAUGUCACUGCUCCAUACGUCUAUGUGAAUUACGGCACGUAUCAAGAUUACGAAGACUUGAUCAAGGCCAAUAUCAGCUUGGAGGGAAAGAUUGCUGUUGCAAAGUAUGGUGGAAUAUUCAGAGGACUCAAGGUCAAGCGUGCGCAAGACUUGGGCAUGGUCGGCGCUAUUCUUUUUACAGACCCUGGCGAUGAUGGAGAUUCCACAGAGGAAAAUGGCGUUGCGGUUUACCCAGAUGGGCCUGCACGAAACCCAACUAGUGUUCAGCGAGGAAGCACUCAGUUCCUGAGCUUUGCCCCUGGAGAUCCAACGACUCCUGGCUACCCUUCCAAACCGGGCGUGCCUCGCCAACCUGUCGACAAUGCUAUCCCAUCAAUCCCUUCGAUCCCAAUCUCAUAUGUCGACGCAAUCCCCAUCCUUACAGCGCUCAAUGGACAUGGCCCAUCAGCGAAGGAUUUCAAUGAAUACUGGCAGAAUAAUCUGGGUCUGGAGUAUAAAGGUGUUAAUUACAAUAUUGGGCCUUCUCCAGAUAAUUUGGUAUUAAACUUGGUAAACGAACAAGAAUACGUCACAACACCGCUCUGGGACGUCAUUGGGGUUAUCAACGGGACUCUUUUCGACGAAGUUAUUGUUAUUGGGAACCAUCGUGAUGCAUGGAUUGCUGGAGGAGCAGGCGAUCCGAACAGCGGCUCCGCUGCUCUUAUCGAAGUUGCUCGAAGUUUCGGUGAGGCAGUCUCCAGAGGUUGGAAGCCACUUCGCACGAUCGUCUUCGCCAGCUGGGAUGGUGAAGAAUAUGGCUUGAUUGGAUCUACUGAAUGGGUUGAGGAAUACCUUCCUUGGCUCACCCAUGCCAACGUUGCAUAUGUCAAUGUUGAUGUCGGGACUACUGGCCCUGUCUUUUCGGCUUCAGCUAGUCCCCUGCUGAACAAACUCCUUUAUGAGGUGGUUUCAUUGGUACCCUCCCCGAAUCAGACCAUUCCAGGUCAAACAGUAGGCGAUGUCUGGAACGGCAGGAUCGGCACCAUGGGCAGUGGCAGCGACUUUACGGCUUUUCAAGACUUUGCUGGUAUUCCAUCAAUUGAUAUGGGUUUUGGUCCUGACCCGGGAAUACCAGGAAAAACUGGCAGUGCAGCGGUCUACCAGUACCACUCAAACUAUGAUUCCUUCCACUGGAUGGAUACUUUUGGGGAUCCAGGUUUCCACUACCAUGCCACAAUCGCGAAGAUCUGGGCAUUAUUUACAGCCAAAUUAGCCGAGGCACCUGUCAUCCCGCUCAAUGCAACCGAUUACGCGACUGCAAUAGAGGGAUACAUUUCAAAGCUUGAGGGGAAGUUGGACGCUGCAAUCAGCGGAAUCCCCAGCGACGGAGAAGAACUCGAGAUUCGUGCGCGCCCAACCCCCACCGGAGCCAAGGGUGAUAUCAAUGAACUCAAAGUAUCAUUCCACCAACUUUACAAAGCGGCUUCCGAAUUCAAAUCUGCAGCAAUCGCACACGAUGCUUUAGCUGCACAGUUGGCGGAGGAAGUAAAAGAUGAUAUCCCAUGGUGGAAAUGGUUGUCGAAGCUGAGGCUCUAUUACCGUAUCCGAAAAGUUAACGACAAAUACAAGUUUCUCGAGAGGAAGUUUUUGUACAAGAAGGGCUUAGAUGGCAGAUCAUGGUUCAAGCAUGUCAUCUUUGCGCCGGGAUUAUGGACAGGAUACGCUGGCGCUGUGUUCCCCGGAUUGGACGAGGCCAUUAGCGACAAGGAUUAUGGGAAUGCGCAGAGAUGGGUUGAGAUUAUCGAAACCGCGAUCUAUAAGGCUGCGAAAAGUCUGAAGUGAUGGUGAUUUACUGUGGAUAUGAUACCAGGAACUAUAUGUAGAUUGUAUCUAGACGCCUUGGAUAUAG